CAGUCGGUCGGCGGCGCGCUGCCGCCAUGUCUCCUGAAGAUAAACGGCGGCUCGCGCUCUCCUCCGCCGCGCUGCUACUGCUCGCGCUGCUGCUGCUCGCGCUGUCGUUCAUCCCCGCGUAUCUCUACGUCCUGCUCGUCCUCGCGGGCUCCUGUUGCGUCGGCUACUACAAAGCGGAGGAGUUCCGGCUCUUCGACAGACUGGGCCUCAAUCCCCGCCCUGGCCUGACGGUGCCGCCGGCUCUGCUGCGCUGUUUGCCGGGCGGGAGUCUGCGCGGGGCGCCGGCGGGCGCUCGGAACAAGAACCGCGCCAACAAAAGCGAUGCGAGAAACUCGCUAGCGGCUCCCGGCGAAAGGCAUUUCGGCAGCCCCGCUCUCCGGCGAGAGGCCGCGUUCGGAGACUCGGCGUUCAGCCCGCGGGACUUACUAAUGGGGAGCUACCUCGCUAAGGCGGAGAGUCCCAUGGUCGCGGGGAGGCCUGCUGGCGGCCCCGCUGGGGGCUCCGGGGCUCACCCCGGAGAGCAGCUCCGAGAGAGACUCGUCCGGCCGAAUCACGGGGUCCCCACUCCGAACAGGAGGCUGUCCUUCGGUGACCCAGUAGGUACUAUGGGGAGGUUUACCAUCACCCCUCAGAGACAUUACCCCCUGCAGCAGACGGGGGCAUCUUCGGUGGGCGUGCUCCCUCCAGCACAGUGGGACGGGUUCCGUAAGAAGAACAUCCUCACUCAGCGCAAUACUCCUGUGCACAGCCCAGUUACAGUGAAGAUCGCCCGACCAGACAGCGCCACCCGGUCAUCAUUUUUCGACCAGCUGAGCUCCCCUGGAGCGCUCACAUCCCCUGGGUUUGGAGUCCAAGCUGACCCCUGCUCUAGAGAGACUGUGCUGAACGUGCUGAGAGAGAGCCGUAAGCGUGACGCUGAUGGUGAAGACAGAGGCCAUGCAGCUGGGCAGAAGAGCAAAAGGAGGCGGCAUGACAGCAGCGGAAGUUCCCAGUCAGCGUUUGAGCCGCUUCUAGCAAACGGUGCCCCAUCGCAGCUCGUGCCAAAACCUGGAAGUUUAAAGAGGGGGUUGAACGCCUCUGUGUUGGAGGAGUCCACAAUGAAGCGAUCUCGCACCUCCUCCAUAAGUUCAGUGAGUGGUGCUCCUACUUCCUUCGGCGUGCCGGGAUCCGCCCGCAACCCCAUUCGCAGCUCCUACAGCUCCUCCCAGGGCUACACACAGAGAAGAGCAGCAUCUAGUUUGAGUUUGUCUCCUCUCACAAGCCCUGGAUCAUCUCGGUGUCAGACUCCUGAGAGACUGGCUAAAAAGCCCAGGGAAGACGAUGCGAUGUCUCCAAGCUCGGUUUCUUCCAUGAAGUCUGAUAAGACAGCCGCUGACCUCGCUCCCGGCUCAGGGAAACAUAGCCCUGUGCCUGAAGCCCCUGUUACAUCAGCAUCAGACUCUGGAGGAAGCGGUGGAAAACGCAAGCGCAAGAUCCAGCUGGUGUCCACACGGAGAGGAGACCAGAUCUCCAUGCCCCCACCCCCUGAGCUGGGCUACACAAUCACUGUGAAGGACCUGGACAUGGAGAAGAAAGCUGCUUUCAGCCAAAUCCAGAAAGUCCUCGAGGAGCCUGAGCCAGAGAAGCCAGCUCCAGCUCCAGCUCCAGCUCCAGCUCCUGCUCCAGCUCCAGCUCCUGCUCCUGCUCCUGCUCCUGCUCCUGCUCCUUCUGUAGGCCUUUUCUCGCCACUAGCUCCAACCUCCUCAACUGCAGACACCCCUGCUGUGAGCACUCACUCUCUGGUGUCUCUCCCCACCCCUGCUGCCGCACCUACGCUUCCCUCCACCACAGUUUCUACUCCAGCUCCAACGAUCGAUCUCACCGUGACUCCAGCAAGCACAGCCAGUGCUGCAUUGACCCUGAUUACCACCCCUGCCGCUGCCACCACCACCACCAGCGGCACUUCAGCUGCCACUCUCCCAGCUCCAAGUCUGGCUAACCCACUACUGGAGUCCCUUAAGAACAUGAAGAACAACUCCCUGCUCAGUGUUCCUUCUCCUUUGGCUGCUACCUCUUCAGCAGCACCUGUGGUGGCACAGACUCCUGCCCCGGUUGUCUCCACUGGUCUAAGCACUGGCGCCGUGAAAUCGGAGCCUCUUCUUGCUGCUCCACGGCCCGUGGUGUCAAACUCUCUUGCCCCAGCCACUCAGCCAGCGACAUCCAUGCCCUCUGCUUUUGCCCAGAUCCUGGCCCAGCCACUGCAGCCAUCGCCCAGCACCAUCAGUCUGGGAGGGAGCAGUCUCUUCAGCCUCAAGCCUGUGGCAACCCUUGCGUCUGCUUCACCUACACCCACUGCGUCUAUAGCCCUUACAGUGGCUGCUAACAGUGCAGCCAGCCCAGCACCAUCCGGGUUCAAGCCUAUUUUUGGGGCAGCAACCACAGCGCCAGCAUCAGCUGCAGACGUCAAACCCACUCAGCCCACUUUCAAGCCCAUUUUCGGUAGCACUACAGGGGGUGGUGGUGCAUUUGGUCAGCCGGCGACAUCAGCUUCCCCUGCACCAGCAGCACCGAGUGCUACAACAUUGUUUGGGAGCCUGACCAACACCCAGCCAACAGGUUCCUCUGCCGCCUCGUCCACCCCGGCCACCCAGACUCCCAGCCAGUCUCUGUUUGGAUGCUGGGGUGCCACAUCUGCUCCAGCCCGUGCUCCAGCUCCAACUUCUGCUCCAGCUCCAACCGUAAACAGCACCUUUCAGUUUGGAGUAUCGUCAUCUGCACCUGCUGCCUCAGGUCUUAGCACUAAUACCACCACCAGUAGCAGCACCACCACCCCCUUCCAGUUCGGUGCUGUAAAGCCUCCACAGACUGCUGCCCCAGCGGCUCCUCAGAGCACAUUCACGUUUGGACAGACGCCUGCAGUACAAAACUCUACCACGACCCCUUUUGGAGGGUUUGGCAUGGCAAGCAAUACCGCCACCACAGCAGCGAGCGCUCCUACGACCCAGGCCACCUUUGGUAGCUCUGCGUUCAGCACAUCUAUGUCCUUCCCCAAUGCAGCCACUCAGGCGCCCGCUGCUGCAAAGCCUUUCACGUUUGGUGCCGGCAGCGGAGGCAGCACCGCCACACCGUUCACAUUUGGCACACCCGCAAGCACAGCUGCACCUGCGUUCGGGACUCCUAGUCAGCCUACGUUUGGCAGCACGUCGGCUGGCUUCUCUUUUGGGAAUACCACCACCCCGUCAGCGGCUCCAGCCUUUGGGGCAACCACACAGACUGUUGCCCCUGUUCAGGCCCCCGCCUUCACGUUUGGAGCAGCUCCGGCAACUCCACAGAACUCUGCCCAGAGUGCUCCUGCCCCAGCAGCAUCGGGAGGGUUCAAUUUCACCGCAUCGCUGUCAGGAGCACAGUUUGGAACACCUGCUCCUCCAGCUCAGACUCCAGGGUUCACGUUCGGCCCAAGCAACGCUGAUAACAAGCCUGCUUUUGGAACAUCCACCCCUGCGUUCGGCAGCACAGGCGGCCCCAUCCCGUUUGGCAGCCCCGGGACACCUGUUCAAGGAUUCAGUGCCUCACCUUUUGGCACUCCUCCGGCUACUUUCUCGAUUGGUGCGGGCUCCAAGCCCAGCGGGUCCCGGCAGAGGCUGCAGGCGCGCAGGCAGCACGUGAGGAAGAAGUAACGGUGACCUGAGGCCCCUUCCUCCACCUCUUCUCGUUUAUUUGGACAAACGCAUCGCCCCUCCCGACUCGCCCAGCCGCUGCCGCUGCCGCUGCCACCUACGCUGCUGCUAACGAGACUCGAUCAGGCUUUCCACAGGACGCAUCUGACCAAACCCGGCUGUACAGCUCUGCAGUCAGUUCGGGCUGGUCAGAUGGUGAGGUUUGAGGAUAACUGGUUACCCUUAUCCCCGGUCCAGGGCAGGAGACCUUGGAACACCCAGAUCUUCCUGCGUGGAGUCACAAUCUGACGAAUAGGUUAACGUGAGGGGUGUUUGGACAAACUGAGCGAAUCGCUGUACUUGACAAAGAAAAAUAGGACGAUAGACAAUUAAAAACUCGGACGUAGACGUGAACUUGUGAAGUCCAGGCCAAAACAGACUGAAUCUGGUUUUUGUUUUGUUUUAUUAUUUUUUUUGGUUGCUGUUUCAGGGUUUUUGUGUUCGUUUGGGUGUUUUUGUUUUUUUUAAGCUAGCUGGCCAUAUAACCCAACUUUUUAUGUGAUCAGAUUCAUGUUGCGUUAAAUUCAGCGAAUCCUUUUUUUUUUUUUAAUUCUUGCCAUCAACACUUUCAGCAGUACAAAAAUACUUUUAAUGCUUUUGAUCAUUGACUGAGAUGCUUGAGUUGCCUACGCCGACUGUGGUAGGACUGUGUUUUCGUAGAAAGAUGGAACGAUGUUCUACUUUACCUGAAUGCAUUGAGUUACAAAAUAAAGUUAUUUGGUUUUUCAUUGCUUUUCUGGCAGAUCCCUUUAAACAAUAAAUAAAUAAAGUAUUAUUAUUAUUAAUAAUAAUAAUAAUAAAGAUUGGAAUACCUGUGUUCAGGAGUAGAUGACUCGUGGUCGCUUGUCAGAUACGUAGAAAUUAACGUUUAAACCAAAGCGGAUGAUUUUAGUGCAACAAGCUCUUCUGUGUUUACCACCGUUUGUGUGUUCGACUACCUCCUAUUUUAAACACCUAAUUCCAUAAAUGUUACUUACUUCUCUACGAACUGACCGACUGACCCGUAAAGGUCCUCCGCUUGGAGUUUUUAGUCAUUUAGGAUAUUCCACCACCAUUGAGGUGGAGAUUAGGCCUAAUUCUAAAUUUGUUUUUGUUUUUAAAGCUUCGGCCGUCAGUUCAGCGCUUCGAUGUGCUUGUUUACAUCGUGCUGUUUCCUCUUUCCCUCCGUUUUCAUUCAGGGCUGAUACCUCACAGUCCAGCCAUGGCUAUAAUGAUCUAACCUUAGCCUUUAUUACAGAUUCCCUAAGGGUCAUUCAGAUUCAAGCCUGUGUCCGUCAUGCUCUGUUUAACCGCUCUCGAUGUUGGGUGUGGCUUCACCACACUUCACGCUCACUUUCUGUCCUCUUUAUUUUAUCCCUUAUUCUGUGUGCCUUAGUGCAUCUGACUGCAGAUUAUGUGCUGUGAAUGAUGCCAGAGGUCUGUUUAAGUAACGUACUUGAAAGUGAACGCAAAUAGAAAACUGUCGGCAAGUCAUUUCUAUCGCUGCUGUUGGAAGAAAACCUCGCAUCUCCAAAACGGUAGAUUUACAGCAGAAGGACACAACUUGAUCUAAUGCAAGUCAAUGGAACCAGAAUCCCCCCCCCCCCCCCAAGUCAUUUUAGGUCAUUUAGUCCAUUCAUCAUGAAGUUUACUCACAGUGUAAAGGCUGACGGACGCGUUCCGAUCAUGUCAAAAAGCGUUUUUCUUCUGACAGCAGCGGCACGUUAACUUCUAUUUGACCACUUCUCUUGGGCUCGUUACUGAUCUCAGGGGUUCGGUCCAUUUUAAAGCUGGUCUCUGAAAUUUCUUUGGCGCUUGUUUCAGUGACGGCAGAACUUUUAUAACCACCUGAUUGGAAACGACGCAUGAAAACGUCAGAUUUUAAUGCCAAAAGUGCUACAGUGAAAGGAGCGAAUGAAAGUGCAGGGAAAGGUGUUCAUUGUUAAUGAAUGUGAUCUAAAAUUAAUUUCUGAAUUAAAUUACAUUAAUGAAGUUUUAUUUGAAACCCAGAUCUAGUUUUAGAUUUAUUUUUAUUUUAUUAUUUUUUUUGCAUGCACAUUGUUCAAGACUUGGCUGCGUUUGCGUGUGUGUGUUCGCUAUGGCUUGCGCAUGUUUGUGAUGCUUCUGCCGAUGCUGUGAUGCAGUGAGAACUACUGUCAUUCCUUCAGGAUGGUCAAAGGCACGGGAGCUGAGUAACUAAGCAUAUUUAGAUGAAUCUGAAUUCAGUCUGAGUUUGACCACCUGAGCCCUUCCAGUUUUUUGCAGUCUUAUCUAUGAAACUCAGGUGUAUUUCCAGCGAUUUGUCACUUUUGUUUUAUGUCCGUUUUAAGUUUCUGUCUAUUUACAGAGCACAGGAGUCCAUACGUUUCAAGAUGCACAAAUUUGGAAGCACAAUCCCCCCAAUCGCCCCCCAAUGUUUACCUGGAUCAAAUCCCACCAUAACUUUACUCUGUAUACAACUGUGUUGGCGCCUUAGCCCCUAGUAUGGUGUUCUUUACGUGGGUCUUGACUUACUAGGUAGUUUGUAAAUAAGUUAAAGGUUCCUGUGAGCCCCGAGCGAUGGGAACCGCGGCAGGGGACCAGGCUCAGCCCAACCAAAAAACCUGAGGAUUACACAUUGACUGUUGAGAAAAUGAGAUGUAUGUUGAGAGCUGGUUUUCUCAAGCUGUGAGUGUCUGGGAGUUGUUUUUGUGCAUUUUUUUAUUUUUAUUUUCCCCCCAAAAUGUUGCUGUAAGUGUGUUUUAUGAUGGCAAGUUUGCGUGUGUACGUACAAAGACCACUUUGGACGAAUCCAUGGAAGCGAGCGAAUGAAUGUGUAUGAAUGAUGGAGCAGCGUAUUAGAAUAAACCCUGUGUCUGCUCAGUGUUCUGGUGGUUUGUGCUGGUUUUCAAUAAAAUUGUGAUGAAGUCUUUGCUUGGAUUAGAAA